CACCGCCACCAUCGACCUCCCGGAAGGCCGACUCAGUUUCGGAGCUUCGACACACGGCCACUGCCUCGCCCUUUCUUUUGUUAGUUCUCAUACAUUGGAGCCUUCUGCUCAUUCUAUCGAAUCUGGAACCCACAAGUGUAUAGAGCAACCGAAGUAUUGGGUUUUCCUCUUCCUGGCUAGUGCCCCCAAGGGUUGGCUGGCGCAAAUAGACUAACCGUAGUGGUCGUUCUUGGAUCUUCUGGGGCCAGAUCGCCGGGACCUUUGUCCACGACUUUCUGUAAAGGUGCUUGAAUCUGUUGCGCAUGCCAUUGCUUUACCAGUUAAUAUCUAUAGGUAAAGUUACAAUCUUUUUAAGGGGUCCUGGAGCUUUUUGGCACCUGGUUGUCUUGUUGAUUAGAGUAAGAUAGCGAUGUCUGUGAACAGUAAUAACCCUCCUAAGAGCCUUGGGGCCUCCUCAUCAUCAUUUGGCAAUGCGGGAAUAGGAUCCUCUUCUAUUCCUGGAACCCCUGGGUUUUCGCAAUCGCAGGCCCAAGCUCAGCUCGCGCCUGGUUUUCAAGGCCAGUUUCAGCUGUCCCAAGCUCAUGCUAAUGCUAUUGCCCAAGCUCAGUCUAAGUCUCAAGCUCAUGCUCAAGCAGCGCAUGCUCAGCUCCAGGCUCACUUGCAAGCUCAAGGUUUGUCUCUUAAUCCGAGCCAGUCAGGUGCAUUUGGGAAUUUAGGGGUGUCACCCCCCACCUUUUCAACACCUGGAAAUUCAAGUGCAAAGCGUCUCCCUCUAAAACCCCCAAUUCGCCCAAUUGGAUUUUCCCCGACUAACACUGCCUCGCCUUUAAGACCCAUGGAACUUACACCUGCUGCUCGAAGAAAGAAGCAGAAGCUGCCUGAGAAGCAGCUUCAAGAUAAAGUGGCCGCUAUCUUGCCGGAGUCUGCUCUUUACACCCAGCUUCUUGAGUUUGAAUCUCGGGUUGAUGCUGCACUUUCUAGGAAGAAGGUUGACAUCCAAGAAGCCCUCAAAACCCCACCCUGUAUUCAGAAAACUCUUCGCAUCUAUGUAUUUAACACUUUUGCUAAUCAAGCAGGUCCAAUUCCCAAGAAGCCAAAUGCUGAGCCUCCUACGUGGACUCUUAAGAUUGUAGGGAGAAUACUGGAGGAUGGUGUAGAUCCUGAUCAGCCAGGAGUAGUUCAGAGGUCUAACCCCAAUUAUCCCAAAUUCUCAUCUUUCUUUAAAAGAGUAACCAUUUCUUUGGAUCAGAGGCUCUAUCCUGAUAGUCACAUAAUUAUGUGGGAGAAUGCUAGGUCUCCUGCUCCUCAUGAGGGUUUUGAAGUGAAGAGAAAAGGGAACAAGGAAUUUACGGUGAAUAUACGGUUGGAAAUGAAUUAUGUACCUGAAAAAUUUAAGCUUUCUCCAGCAUUGGUAGAAGUUCUUGGUAUUGAGGUUGAUACCCGCCCGAGAAUUGUUGCUGCAAUCUGGCAUUAUGUGAAGGCCAGGAAAUUACAGAACCCAAAUGACCCUUCUUUCUUUUUCUGUGACCCAGCUCUUCAGAAAGUAUUUGGGGAAGAAAAGAUGAAGUUUACCAUGGUUUCACAGAGGAUAUCACAGCAUUUAUUCUCUCCACAGCCUAUACUUUUAGAGCACAGGAUCAAGCUCUCUGGAAAUUGUCCUGCGGGAAGUGCUUGUUAUGAUGUGAUGGUUGAUGUUCCUUUCCCCAUUCAAAGGGAGUUGUCUGCAUUAUUGGCCAAUGUGGAGAAGAACAAAGAGAUUGAAGCCUGUGAUGAAUCAAUAUGUGCAAUCAUAAGAAAAAUCCAUGAGCACCGUAAGAGACGGGCAUUCUUUUUGGGGUUUAGCCAAUCUCCUGUGGAAUUCAUAAAUGCCUUGAUUGAAUCUCAAAGCAGGGAUCUAAAACUUGUGGCCGGGGAACCCAGUCGCAAUGCAGAAAAAGAGCGUCGUUCAGAUUUCUUCAACCAACCAUGGGUUGAAGAUGCUGUUAUUCGCUAUUUGAAUCGCAAACCAGCUGCAGGAAGUGAAGCUCCUGGUAGCACAUGACUCCAGGUGUAGUAAGUGGUCCAUGAGCCUCGUUGUCUGUAUCAAUUCUCCCUUUUGUGGGGUAGCCUGUGUACCUUUCUGUAUCCAUGUUUACGAAGAAUGCUGCUCCACUAUAAUGCAAAACAUGUUUUGUAAUUGAUUUAAGCACUUGUAUAGUCGACAGACUUGUGCUGAUAAUUGUUUAGUAGGCGACAAGUAGUACAACAGUCUCACAUGUCUCUCCUUUGUGGCUCACGAUGGUGUUCAUUUGUGGCUAAGUUCACGCUGGAUUCAACGACAAUUUAUAAGGGGCCGGAUGAUGGAUGGGUGUACAGUGUCUUGAAUUUUGUAAUUCACUGCUUUGUUUAGCGGAGGGAAAAAAUACACUGCACGCGAUGAUGUGACGAAAUUUAUUUUU